AUGUCUACCAGCACUUCAUUUCAUAUCUCAGGCUACUUAGCGAUCACUUUCGCGGUUUUGCGGCCAUCGAUACUUUUAGCCUUCCUCGUGAUCGUCUCUUGCACUGUAUAUCUUUACGCCCGCAGUGCUAUCAAGUAUCAUCACGAUGCCGAGUUCGGUAAGCGAAAUGGUUGCAAACCCUCACCAGCUAAGCUCAUCUAUCAUUGGCCGCUUGCACUCGACAUAUUGAAUGAUGGGUUUAAAGCAGAACGAGAUGGGAAGCUUCUUGCAUUCUUCACUGAACAUCUAGAUCAGUUGGGCUCAACUGCUGAAGUCAAAAUCCUUGGAGGCACCGGCUAUGUGACGCAGGAUCCCGAGAAUAUCGAGGCAUUACUUUGUACACAAUUUGAAGACUUUCAUCUCGGACCUCGCACAUUGGCCAUGAAAGCGAUGAUCGGUGAUGGGAUAUUCACCCAGGACGGUACUGCCUGGAAACGAUCACGGGACAUUCUAAGGCGGCAAUUCAUGCGGAUGCAGUACCAUAGUUUAAAAGGCUUUCACGAGCAUCUAGAAGCCUUGAUAGAAAGACUGAACGCCUCCACUGAAGUGACAAACCUUCAGCCAAUAUUCUAUAGACUGACACUUGACACAACCAUAGCAAUGAUAUUGGGUCAACCAGUUGAAAGCUUCGAGCACGAAAUUGGCGAUUUGUUUUCGAAGGCCUUCGACCAAGCUUCUCUCGUCACUGGCACGCGAGCUCGACUUGGGGGCUUGUACUUUUUGUACCGUCCCACGGGUUUCCUCAAGGCUUGUGGAACAAUCAAAAAUUACACCUUCCAAUUCGUCGUAGACGCUCUGCAGCGAGAUAUGCAAAACCCAGGCGAUUCUAAGAGUAGUUCGUUUAUCUCAGAACUCCAGCGCGAGAACCAGGACCUGCAAAUCGUUCGUGAUCAGGCGUUGAAUGUGCUGAUAGCUGGACGAGAUACCACAGCUGCAACGCUGUCUUACGCAUUUCAUCUCCUCCUACAAAACCCAGCCACACUAAAGACUCUCCAUUCAGAAAUCGAAAAUGUUGUUGGGUGUGAAAAAGACAUCAACAGAGCGCACAUCCAGAGAAUGCCAUACUUGCAUAACGUCCUACAGGAAACCCUUCGAUUGUAUCCUCCAGCUCCGAUUAAUAUCCGGUUUUGCAGGAAGACGACUACUCUCCCUGUCGGCGGUGGUCCAGAUGGCCGCUCGCCACUUCUAGUUCGAGAAGGUAUGCCUGUCGCAUAUUCAGUUUACCACAUGCAAAGGCGGAAGGAUCUUUUUGGACCUGAUCCUUUGGCGUUCCGACCUGAGAGGUGGAACGGCCCGGAGCUUGCUAGCAUCGGCUGGGCCUAUCUUCCAUUUAAUGGUGGCCCGCGACUUUGUCUAGGUAAGGAUUUUGGGCUCAUGCUUGCUUCCUGUGCGAUUGUACGGAUUAUCCAGGAGUUUCCGGAUAUAAGACUUGUCCCAGGAACGGAAUUAGAAAUACCGGGAACUGAACGACAGCACCUGGCGCUUACUCUAUCUAACGCUCAGGGCUGCAAAGUCGUUCUUCGAUGAGGAGACGUACGACAUUUUCAUAUGUAAUCCUGCUAACCGCAUCCACAUGCGCGAGACAUAGGCAAGUCUUCGGCACAAUGAGAAAGAUGAUUUCUUCUUCCCAAGCUUUAGUAUGUAGAUCAAUAAAAACAAAU